AUGCGAGCAGCCUUCCGGCCCAGAUGCGAGCCCAAGCCCCGCCGCGACAGAAGGGCGCUCCGACAAGUCAUUCGUCCGCCUGUCCACACAUCAAAUCGCCACACCACACCCACAUCCGCGUUCCUCCAACGCAUCAGGAGACAAUCCAGGGAACCUGCUCCAACAUCCGCCAGGGCACAUCCUAUCCCUGCUACUGGCCUGUCGUUCGCGUCGCUCCUGGAUCUGCGCGAAAUGAAGCCCAAGCAGGAUGAGGGCAGUUGCUCUUUCGGAGAGCUCGCGGCUCCCCCAGCCGCGGUAGCCCCGCCACGCAUCAAGAAAACCGAUCCGCUCGCGCUCGACAAGUUACAGGGCAAUCUUCUGUAUCCAGAUUCCAUGUCCGACAUCACCGCCCGCAACGGAGGCGUCCUCUACGCAUCGCGAACCACCAUCGGUACCUCCACGUACGUUUCCGAAACCGUGCCGCUCGUCGACAGCCAGUUCCGCCCGACGUACUUCACCUACAUUUCGGCCGCAAACGAGCGCGUCGCCGAGGCGGCAGAGCGCAAGAACCACCUGAAGCAGUACUUUUCGCUGCGGGUUGUUCCGGGACAAGUGGCCAUCAAUGACUACGAACCCGGCAAAAAGUAUCAAGCCACCUUCAAGAUCCAAAACUUCUCCAACAAAUCCCAGAAGGUCACCCUGCACCCGCCUCGCAGCCGAUACUUUACGCUGGUCGGCAAGGAGAUCUUCAAGGAUAUGCAGAUCGCGCCUGGCAUCGAAGCCGAGGCCAAGGUCGAGUUUUCGGUGUCUACAGCGCUGUCCAUGACGUCACUCGCCCGCAGCCCGCAUGGCAGCCUGCAGUCGCUGCAAACUCAGCAGCCCGACAGCAGCUCAGCCGAGAUUUACUCGGACAAGAUCCAGAUCGACUCGGAUGCCUGCGAGCCCAUUGUCGUCACCCUCCAUGCCUACCCCGCUGCCCCUGUGCUCAGAUACGACCGAUGCGUCGAUUUUGGGGUCGUUGUUGCUCGACGAGGUGCCGAGCCCGCACCAAGCCGUCCUGAGCGCAAGGUCACUGUUGCCGCCGAGUCGAGCGCCAGCAACAGUGUAACCGAAAUCUCCAAGUCGAUCGAGUCCUUGUCGAGCCGCAGAGACUCUCAAGAGACGAUUCCCGCCAUCAGCUGUGAGCCUGUCGUUACGUACCUCCAGAUCCGCAAUGUCGGUCGAGUCAAUGCCCAGUUUAAUGUGAUUUAUGACCAUUCACUGCCCCUUCGCAUCACCCCGACCUCCGUCACGCUCGGUGCAAAUGUCUCCGGGAGUCAGGAUCACUGUGUCCUCAAGCUUGGAGAAAGCACAAAGUCCAAGCGUGCCAGACUGCCCAGCUCGUGCGAGCUCAAGAUUGAGCUAUUUCCCAGGGUCGUUGGCGUCUUUCGAGAAGAUGUUCUCAUUGACAUCUCUGGCCAAACCCUGAUUGCGAGGAAGCCCAAGGGCGCAGCUGCAACAUUAGCUACCGACGCAGUGCGACAGCUUCGCGACCAAUCUUCGCUCGGCUUUAUUGUCUCGGCCGUCAUCGUUCCGCACAAGCUGCGCCUGCAGAACAUCAAGGGCACGUUUGAACUAGACCCAAACAACAUCCACUUUGGAUCAAUUUACUAUUCGCAGGUCGCAAAGUUCCCCGCCAAGCUCGAAAACCGCAGCACGGGCACACUCAAGUGGGUCAUCACCCACGCCGGCCAGAGUGCACCGAUGGUUCCGUCGCAAAAGGACCUUCUUGGACAACACAGCCGCUUGACAGGCACCACUCUGAGUGGCAUCGAGGAGAACAGGGCCUUUGUCUCCGUCGUUCCGACAGAGGGUAUCCUCGAGCCCAACGAAACCACCAUCAUCGUCUUCCAGUUUGCCCCAUCGGUCACCAAUCCGCUGACAGGAUUCAAAAUCUCUCGAUCCGAUGCACCCCAGCAGCUCUAUCGAGUGCCUAUGCAGCUUAAGAUCAUUGACUCGUCCUCGCAGCAGACUCCCUCCUCAGGCGAAGAACCCAUCGAUUUGCUUCUCACAGGCGAGGCCUGUCCGAUUCGAUGCACGCUCUCCAACAAUGAAAUCGACUUUCCCGACACAUUCAUCGGAAACUUGACAUCGACAGAAAUCAGCCUCCACAACUCGAGCGAGCGCUUGGGUCUCAACUACCGAUUUGACAAGGUCGCUCACUUCACCGUCUCUCCGAGUCACGGGCAUCUCAAACCCAUGGAGUCGACGAGCAUCGCCAUAUCCUUCAAACCGCACCAGCUUGGGUUCCUGAAGAGGAGCAUGCACUGCAUCAUCUCCUCGACAGACCCGCUUGUCAUUGGAUCGGCAUCGGGAUACAACGACUUGAUUGAUACUUCGCAGUGUGUCCAGGAACUUAAAACCAUCGAAAUUCGACUCCAGGGCAGCUGCGUGGCAAAGAGUGGCUCUCGAAUAGCACCCAGACCCCUUAAAGAGUGUGAUGCUGGCGAGGCGAGGGCAGUCCAGGUGGCCAAAAAGCAGCCGCUUUACAAAGCCGAGGUCGCCGAGUUCCCCAACAACAUCUCCCAGCUUCGAAUACCCUCGAUACACUCCAAAGAAAUGAUGCUCGACCAGUGGCAAGACAAGUCGUCCAACCGCCAUCGAUUCGCAGACUACCUCCGGGAUUCGCGAACAGAGCGAGUGAAGAAGGGCCGAUCCGAGAAUCUCGGCGAUGAUGGAGUCGUGGUCGACUACCAAAAGCACUCUGUGUACGAGGACUACCAUAAUACUGAUCCGCAAACGGGCCUCAAGAUCUACGAGCCAGUCUGCAAGGCACUGAAGUACAAGUCACCUGCAUCGGUCGACAACAUCGAUGAUCGCGCCUUGUUUGAGCCCGUCACCAGCGACAAUCGCAAGCUGAGGCUGCUGUUCCAGAAGCUCAUGGAGCCUGUUGUCCACAAACUCAAGCCCACACUCAUCUCCAAAGACAGCAAAGACCGGGCAGAUCGCGCACUUGUCACCGCCGCCGCUUCCGACUACGAUACGGCCCUGUCGAGCGCCGACCUGAAGAGCAUAUUUACCGGCAAAGCCACAUUGGAGUUUGGACAAGUGACCGUCCACUCGACCAACACGCUGCCUCUCAAUUUUCUCAACAUCACGCCAAACAAAGCCCCAAUCCACAUAUCGAUGCUGCCGAGUGAGUUCAGCAUCAGAUCCGACGACGUCUCUGGCAAUCUGUCGGUAGCACCAACGCACUUGGUUAUCCCUCCAAUGUCUGUGGCGGGGUUUGAAGUCAACUUUCAGUGCGACACGCCCGGCAACAUCAGCAAAAGCAUAACGUACCUGGUGAAUGGUCGAUACAAAUAUCAGAUUCCGGUCGGGUGCACCGUAGCGCCCGUCAACCUCGAAAUCAGCGAGGAGAGCCUUGAGUUCUACGUGCGUAUCCGCGGUAGCCCCGGUAGUGCUCCGACAGGCUCUCUGGGAGGCAUCAGCAGCGAUCAGGGAGUCGACUCGAGCGUCACUCUCGCGCAGACCUCUGCAAUCGGCAGCGCCAAUACCGCAUCGACCCACGAGGCGCGCCGCAUGUCAAAUCUUCAGGCUCAACUCGCAGCGGCCAAGCCCGUCGUCGAGGCGGCUGUUCCAUCGACAUCAAAGACCAUCAGGCUCUCAAACAAGGGAAACUAUCGAGCAUCCUUCCAGUGGUUCAUUCCGACAUUCGAGUCAGGAAACAAGACCGACGAUAGCGGCGACAAGGUGGCAACUCUUCAAAGCCAGACUUCUCCGGCGUCGCCAUUCACUGCCGAAGGUUUCUUCCGCGUGUCUCCCAUGUCGGGGACGGUCGAGCCGCACAGCGAAGUCGAGGUACAGGUAUCUUAUACGCCAGGGAUCAAGCAUUUCCUGGACGAUGUGCUGCAACUGCGGAUCUUGGACGAUGCCGAUGAGGGGUCGUCCAAAAUCAAGAACAUCCUCAGUCUACCGUGCCACGGAGAAACGGACGUGUCGACCUGCAACCUGCUCACAUCCACCAAGCAGGGGCCACUUGACCUGGGCACACUUGCAACUGGCUUUGAUCGACUGUCCAGCCCUCACGGUGCACGGCGGGUCUCAUCGCACGCCCGUCGUUCCUCCAUGACGUCUGGCCCUGGACCGUCGUACCAUCUGUACAACAAGCUAUUCGAGGUCAUCAUCGGCGCGCCUGUUGGAAACAGCUCCUCCAACACGAAGAUACCCCCACGCGGGUCCAAGAUAGUGCGAAUCAAAAACCCCGGGUCCUCGCCGUGCUUUUUCCAUGCACAUACGGCCACGGCCAACUUGGAUGUGACAAUCCAUCCGCAGUUUGGUAUCAUCGCUCCUGGCACCAUUGCGGAACUGAUGAUCUCGGUGCUUCCCUCUCGGACCGGCGUCUGUGAGGACUCGCUCGUCAUCAAUUUGAUCGGUAACUCCAAGGUUCUGCGCGUCCCCUUCAAGUACGAUGGAAAGUCGUCCGACGUCAGCAUCCAGCCUGUGGGGCCCGACCUCGAACGGGGCACCAUCAUUGGCUCGUGGAGCUCACGCGAUCUGAACAUGAGCAACCGCGGCAUGACGGCGUCGCGGAUCCUGUUUGACCUGCGCAAAUAUCCCGAUUAUGAGAUCCGGAUCAAAUCAAUUUUCGACGGAGUCGACGCGAGCACCUCGGCAUUUAACCGGAUCAGCUCGCCCAUGAACCGGAACCGAGCAAAGUCUCCGGGGGCCUUCCAGCGAGGUGGGGCGCUGCGUCCAAAGGAGGACAUGCUUCUGCUGGUCAAGCAGCGGAUCAAGGCGAUAGGAUAUGUCGACGACUACUUCAACUUUGAUGGCACAUUUGCCCGUAGUAACUCUGUGCACCAAAGCCAAUCGCAAAUCCGUCGUCCAGACGAUCUCGGAAAGAGAAGGUCCGUCACCGAGCGAGAGGACUUUAUCAAUUCGUCAUCGUUUGGCUCGCUGUACUUGAUUGAUAUUCUGCCCUCCGAGACCAUGAUCUGUGAGUUGGUUUUCCAUCCGCGGUCAGUGCAAACAUACUCGUUCAGGCUGCCGGUGUGCAUCCUCGGCUCGGUGAGCCAGCCAACCAUAUCAGUCGAGACCGAGGGUGUUCCUUCGCCCAUCACCAUCAAUCGCAUGGGAAUCAACUUCAAAAACAAGGUUGUGUUCAGGGACACGGGCUCGUCAGGCAUAUCGCAUUUGAGCACCGCCGCCAAGGACACGUUCAACUUUGAGAGCAACCUCGACGGCAAGCCGAUCGAAUGGUGGUUUGAUCUGGAGCCUCUCGAGGACAGCGACAAUGUUUUCAAGUUGGAUCCGAGCCGCGGGGUCCUGCCACCGGGCGAAUCGCAGACCAUCAUUGUCUCGUUCCAGCCCGAGACCACAGGCGUCUACGAAUCAGUGCUGCCGUUGCAUAUGGACUACCUCGGAGCCAAGGCGCCGUUCAUGAUCACGCUGCAGGGGACGGGUGUGGAGCCGUCUCUUGCAUUCGACCCACCCGAGAUCUUCCUGCCAGUCGUUCCCUCGGGCAGCGAGUCCACAGCCAUCUUCAAUGUCGUCAACUAUGGCUGUGAGCGCACAGAAAUCAAGUACAACAUCCAGAAAGCCAUGUUUGAGCGCCAUGGGUCCCUCGAUCUGAUCUUUCCAGAGGGUAGGCUGCUCAAGAGCGACGGCGAGAAGCUCACGGUCGUGGCCAAGUUUGCUGGAAAUGCCGCCAAUCCUCCAAAGCCCUUCUCUUUCAUGACCAAGAUCGAGUUUUGCGAUAACAAUGGGCGCACCUUCUAUCUUCCGGUCUCUGGAGCCUUCGACACAUGUAUUCUUUCGCUUCCGAGCUAUUUGUGGAUCAACCGUGCAUCGCAUCAUUAUGUCGAAAGUGAAGCCACCGGAGGAAUCCGGUUCGAGAGCAUUCGCCCCGAAGCCACCUUGGACGAGAAUCAGAAACGGACUCGAAUUCUCUCGGGACCGCGUCCUUUCAAGACACCGUGUGGCAUUACGCUAGAAAAUGGUGCCGAUUUGGCAGCGAUUGAUGUCUUUCUGCGCGAGACGGGCGAUACACUUGCGCGCUGGCUCGACGAUCAUCUAGGCGUCAGCACGGCGCUCGAGACUCCGUUCCCAACAAUGCUGACCAACGGCAAUGGCAAAGUUAUCUUCGACCUGGUCCAGUCGAUAUCAGGAAGGAAGGUGCUCGGCCUUGCGUCUGCCGGAGCUCUGUCCACCAACGCAGAUGACAAAAUCAAGAUCCUUUACAAGCAGUACGUUGACUUGCUUGACCAACUCGCGGCCGUCGGUGGGCUUGUGAGCUCGGUGCGUGCAGAGUACCUCCUUUCGUGCGAAGACUUUAAACGGUGCAACAACCAGACGAUCGAGGCGCUGAAAUCCGAUCACGGAGGAUACAUCCACGACGAGCAACUCGAGCAACACCGUCGUGUUGAGCGGUACUUUGGGAUCAUUUCCAAAGAGAACUGGAUCGUGGUGCUUGCGCAGAUUAUUCGGGUGUAUGUCGCGCAGAUGCAAAGCCUCAAGCACUUUAGGGCUCUCCAAGGGGUGCAGAAGGACGAAGCUGAUCUCGAUUGGAAGCAUGGAGGACCCGGAGACAUCUACAGUGUCUCGGAAUUUGUGCUGUUGAAGUGGGUCAGCUACCACAGCUGGAAGCGCACUGGAGUCGUCAAGCGCCUGCUCGACUUUUCACAGAGCUUCAAGGGCUGCACGCCCCUGAUGGAUUUGCUCGUGGCACACAUUCCCUCGUUGCAGCAGCUCUAUUUUUCCGAAUUCAACCGAGAUCCGGUGGAGCAGGAGGAGAUCUUGAACAAUGCCACAAUGAUCACGGCCGCCCUCUGCGACCUCUAUCCGAACUGCAGCGGCGUCAACAUCCCGCUGCACCGGCUGCUUGAGCCCGACUACCAUGAGAUCUAUUUGCUGCUGCUGUUUCUGUACCAGACACUGCCGAGCUUCAUUCCCAAGGGCACGAUCGAGUUUCGCGGGCAGCUUCACGAGCGAGUGACGCACUCGAUCGAGCUGUUCAACCCAGCGAGCCGAGUCCUGAGCUAUACCUACAGCAUUGUCGGCUGCCCUCACUUUGAAAUCACCAACGAGCAGGCUCUGAGUCUGAGUCCCAAGUCGUCGACAAAGAUCGAGAUCUCCUUCAAGAGCCGCUUCAGCCGCAACGUUGAGGCGCAGUUGAUUCUCAAGUCCAAGAAAAUGGGUUUCAACAACGCAUCCAUCGUGGUGUUCAACCUCGUUGGAUUCGUCACCGGAUCCAAUCCAAAGAAGGCGUUUCGCAUGGAGUGUCCCAUCUAUGCCCUGCCACCUGCGACAACAGAUAUUCCGAUCACAAACCCGUUUCCGGAGAAGGGCCACUUUUUCGUCCGAAUACGCCAGUACCGGUAUGGCUUGCACGAGUGCAUUAUCGAGUUUCUCGACGACAAUCUUGGCGAGUUCUCCUACCGCAUCGACGGGCGAGCCACGCUUCCACAGCCUCUUGAGUCCUACCAAUGGACAUGCAAGGCAUCACUGAAUCUAGAGAAGCCUGUGAGAGUGAUUCCGAUGAAUGUUCACCGCGACAAGGCUGUGCACUACAUCCUUCACACCCCGACGGUCAGCAAAACGCAUACGGGCGGUAAAACUCGGAUCAAAGAGAAGGCAUCCAGUCAACUGCUUGACCGUGAUCAGUACACUAUCCCAAAACGGAGCGGCCGAUUCAAGGUCGAAUACUCGUCGCAGUACUUCCACGGACCAGCAGAGAUUUUGGUCAAGGCGCCAUCUGACAUGUCUGUGAAGGACAAAAAGAACGUAUAUAAUGUCGACCAAAACUAUACGGAGCUGCCGAUCACUUUCACUCCCCAGCUGCCCGGAAAGUACGUUUGCAAAGUCGUCCUGUCGUCCGUGGAGGCUUCGGAUGUCCGCGUGUUCUUGAUAUAUGGCAUCGCCAUGUCGGAGGGAACCAAGGCCGAUCUGGAGUUCACAACACCGGCACGGCAGCCAAUCACCCAAGAUAUACCUAUUGUGAAUCGAACCGAGGAGGACUGGACAAUCAAGGCCGGAGCCUUGACCAAUUAUCCGCUUUCGUUCUGUCCAACCAAGGCUGGCGAAGUCCACGGGGUGCUGACUCUUUCAAAUCUCCAAACCGCACAAAAAUACAUCUACAACCUGCACGGGUUUGCUCUGAAUCCGCUUGCGGAGGAGCAUCGAGCGAUCAAGUCGGAGGCACGCACGAUUCAAAACGAGGUGUUUAUGGUGCGAAACUACACGGAACACGACUCAGAAUACGAUGUUGUUACCGACAUCCCUCAUGCGUCCGGUGACGCCGUCAUCUUCGUGCCAGCCGGCCAGACGGUCGAGUACAAGCUGAGUAUUGUCACCCGCAACUCGGGAGAGUUUACCAAGAGCAUCACGUUUACCAACAAGAACGACGGGAGCUUUGUCUGGUACACUGUACAGGUAGGUCGCAGCGCUCAACGGGUUGCUUCCGAUACCGAGUAUACAAGGCUUUCCAUCAAGCCGCCAAAUCACGAAGGCACAAUCAAGAUUGCCUCUCCAGUGCGAACCGCCGUCGCUGCUGAGAUUCCGUUGGCCAAUCCGCUUGACGAGGAGAUCGAGUACCAGGUCGCCAUCAGCGGCGUGGGCCUUCGUGGAGAGCCGACCGUCCGAGUGGGACCCAAAUGCCAAAUCACAUACAGCCUCAUCUAUGCCCCAAUUGUCAGCAACGUGUCGAUCGGGAGCAUCAAAUUCAGAAACGAUGCCGUGGGCGAGUUCUGGUAUCAGCUCGAUCUCGAGUCUACAGAUCUUCCCCCGAUCCCACUCACCGAAAUGAGCUGUCCACUCGGAAAGUGCGCGUUCCAACUCGUUACGAUCGAGAACCCGUUCGACUACCCAAUCGUGCUUGAGCUCCGACUUUCCAAUAUUACCGACUUUCAAGUCGUGCACCCGGUUAUCUCGGCGCAGAAGCUGGCCAAGAUGAAGCGCAUUUCGCUGUCUAACACAGCCAGCGUCACUCUCGAGCCGUUCGAACGAAGCGAAGUGCAGUUGAUAUUCUGGCCAAGCUCCCUGACCGAGAUUCGACAGGGGUCUCUGCAUAUCAUGAGCAGCGCCAUCGGUAACACCGAGUAUCUGAUCAAGGGCCGUGGACUUCUUCCCGAGACAAUGGAGGAGUUUGUUGUAAGCGCCGAGCUCGAUCAGACGACAACAUCGGUGCUGGUAUUUACGAACCCACUGGUCGAUCCGAUUCCAGUCAAGAUCGCGCUGAAGCCAAGCGAUGCCUUCAGCGGAAGCGCAAGCGACUUUGCGCUGAUUCUGAACAAAAAAUCAAAGUACAGCGUGGGAGGGCUCGAGAACCUGGAGAUUCCUUUCAACUUCACGCCAAAGACCAUGGGCAAGGCUAGUGCUCAAAUUGUGGUGGAAAUGAGCGAAAAGCUCGCCUGGGUGUAUCCUAUUCGGGGAAUCGCCGAGACGUCUAUGCCCCAUCAGCUGCAGGUUCUCGAGUGCCGCUCGCGGGAAAAGAUCGAGCGCCAUGUCGAAUAUAUCAUGAUCGGAUACAACGACAUCGCCGAUGGAGCAGCACACAAGACUAGCGGCUGGAACACCAGAACACGAUUCGCCCUGGAGUGCUCCAGGGAUGUCAAUGAAGAAGAAGUCAAGACCUCGCUGGCCUGGCGCAUAACAGAAGGCACUAUGACGAGAGAGGGACUUGUGCUGAGGUUCAACGUCACCUACUCGCCGAUCCGGCCAAUCGAGACACUGCUAAGCCUGGUUAUCACCCAGAACUCGACUGGGUCUCGAUGGAAGUACCCCCUACGGCUCAUUGCCCGACCACCGGCAAUCGACGAUGUCAUCGUGGUCGAAGGAGCCAUCAACAAGGUUUCAACCGUGAACUUUGUCCUGAAAAACAUGUCGGCGCUGCCUCGGCAGUUCAGGGCGUACUUUACCCACGAGUCCCCAAUUGAGUUUCAGGUGUCCCCUUCGACGGGCAGUCUGGUGCCGGAACGAGACCGCCGCGAAAGCGACAAUAUGUUUGUGAUUGGAUACAAGCCCAUCGCAUACGGAAAGACUCUCAUCGGAACCUUGAUGAUCGAGGCCGAAGACAUAUCGUGGACAUACGAAGUCCGAGGGGCCACGCCGCAUUACCACCAGCCUGCAGGCUCCAAUGCCUCUGGGUCAAGGAAAGGCUCAGGAUCACGGACCACAUCGAAGGCGCCGGUAUCCAAGAAGAACUUUGUGCGGGAUGCUUCGUUGAACCCGUCUGUUCGCAAGGUUCUGGAGCGACUCGCUGAGUAGAAUGUAACCAGAGCACUUGAUUCCGAGAACGGCACGGCGAUGCAGUUUCCGACACGGCAAUUCCUUCAACCCUCGUGGAUUCCGUGCUGUAGCCGCAUGAAAUGUCAUAUCGUUGGCUCUAUCGUUUGAUAUCGUUUGAUAUCGUUUGUUCUAUCGUUUACCACACGGGACAUUCCAAAUAAGCAUGUCGAGGCUUACAAACGAAUCAGCG